CCAGUGCUAGAGAGCAAAAGCAAGGAGCCGAAGGAGGUGAGGAGGGAUGGAAGCACAUGGAGAUCCGGGAGCAGGUGCUUCAGAAGGAGGGGCAGCUGUGCAAAGGCCCUGGGGCAGGCCCACGCCUGGCAUGUACAAGGAACAGUCAGGAGGUCCCUGUGGCUAGAGCAGAAGGAGCUAGAUGGGGAGAGGGGAGGCCAGGGACCAGACGGGGUAGGUCUUGCAGGGACUUGGGGGCCUGGGGAGGACUGGGCUUGCCCCCUGGGAUGUGGAUGUGGGAGUGUGGAGUGCUGUAGGCAGGUGGGUACUGGGGGGAGCAGGAUGUGGUUGAGGCAUUAAAUGAGGGCGCCUAGCACAGAGCAAGGACUCCGGGGUGCUCAGCUGUCCCAUCCAUUUUGGGGACCCUUGUUUUUCCCAGUCCGCAGCUCAGGUCCCCGCGGGCAGCCCAGCGUCCCCGGGGGGCGCGCAGCUGGCCCUGGCAGGGCCCAGACACCUGGGGUCCAGCCCCCCCGCGCACCCCGCGGUGUCGCCUUCCCGGGCGGCUUGGGUUCCCGGAUCCCCUUACCCGCCGGCUCGGCUGUCGCGCCCUGCGCCGGGGGAGGGGAGGCUGCAGGAAGCGGCGGAUCCGGCGGCGGCGGAGGCCGGUGGCCGAGCUCCUCCGGCCAUGGAGAGUGCCCAGGAAGCCGAGGCCCCGCGCCCGCCCGCGCCCACGCCCCAGCCCUCGCCCGCGGCGCCCGCGCCCGCGCCCCGUGCGCGCCCGCGCCUGGUCUUCCGCACGCAGCUGGCGCACGGCAGCCCCACGGGCAAGAUCGAAGGCUUCACCAAUGUCCGCGAGCUCUAUGCCAAGAUCGCCGAGGCCUUCGGCAUCGCUCCCACCGAGAUCUUAUUCUGUACCCUGAACAGCCAUAAGGUGGACAUGCAGAAACUGCUGGGUGGCCAGAUAGGCUUGGAGGACUUCAUCUUUGCCCACGUGCGUGGCGAGACCAAGGAAGUGGAGGUCACUAAGACGGAGGAUGCCCUGGGACUGACCAUCACGGACAACGGGGCUGGCUACGCCUUCAUCAAGAGGAUCAAGGAAGGCAGCAUCAUCAACCGGAUCGCGGCCGUGUGCGUGGGCGACAGCAUCGAGGCCAUCAACGACCACUCCAUCGUGGGCUGCCGUCACUAUGAGGUGGCCAAGAUGCUCCGGGAGCUGCCCAAGUCCCAGCCCUUCACCUUGCGUCUUGUGCAGCCCAAGAGGGCCUUCGAUAUGAUUGGCCAGAGGAGCCGGAGCAGUAAGUGUCCCAUGGAAGCAAUAGUGGCCAGUGGGAGGGAGACCCUGCGUCUUCGUUCUGGGGGGGCCGCCACUGUGGAGGAAGCGCCCAGUGAAUUUGAGGAGGAGGCAUCUCAGAGGGUGGAUGACCUUCUGGAGAGUUACAUGGGCAUUCGGGAUCCAGAGCUGGGUAAGGGGCCAGGCGUCCACCAUGGUGGAGACGUCCAAGGAGACCGAGAGUGUCCAGGAGUUUGCACGCCGUUUAGACUCCGUCUUGGGCGAGUUUGCCUUCCCGGACGAGUUUGUGGUGGAGGUGUGGGCCGCCAUCGGCGAGGCCAGGGAGGCCUGCGGCUAGUGUGCCCCGGCGCUCAGCGCAGCCCCAGCCCGGAGCCCGGACCCCUGCCCCAGCCCUCCCAGGCAGCUCGCGAGGCUCAGCCCUGCCCGAGAGCCCAGCCCAGACCUGAGACCCAGCCCUGCUCCAGGGUCCAGUCCAGCUCCAGAACCCAGCCCCCCUCUAGAGCUCGGGCCGGCUCUGACACCGAGCUCCCCUCUAGGAUCCACACCAGUUCUGAGACCAAGCCCUGCUCUAUACCUCAGCCUGGUGCUGAGGCCAAGCCCUGCCCCAGAAGCCAGGCCAGCUCUGAAGCCACGUUCAUCUCUAGGAGCCCCCCGGAUGCGGAGGCCACGCCCCAUUCCGGAAUCCAGCCCUCCUCUGGAGCCCAGGUCAGCUCAGAGACAGAGUUCAUCUCUAGAACCCAUACCAGUUCUGAGACCCAGCCCAGCUCCAGAGCCCAGUCCCCUUCUAGAACCCAGGCCAGCUGUGAAGCUAAGCUGAGCUCUGAUACCAAGUCAAGUUCUGGAACCCAAGCAAGUUUGAAGACACAGCCCGGCUCUGAGAUCCAUCCCAGUCCCAGAAACCAGCCCUGCUCUACAGCCAAGUCUUGCCAGAAAACUCGACCCAGUUCUGGAACUCAAGACAGCUCCACGAUGCGGUUGCACCUGGACACGUGGUCUGGCUCAGGAAUGCCAGUUAGUUCCGGACCCCAAGAGUCCAAGAAGCGGCCCAGCUCUGGAAGCUAUGCCAGCCCAGGAUUCAAAGACAGCUCCCAAACCCAGCCUGAUUCCCGAACCCAGACCAGCUCCGGAACCCAAACGCGAGCUGCAGCUCCGUCCAGGUCCAGCCCCCAGCCCUGCUCAGAGACCCAGUUGCGCUCAAGCACCCAGCUCCAUCCUGGGGCCCGGCCCGGCUCCAGUGAUGAGUCCGGCUCAGAGACCGAGCCCCGCUCUAGACCCCAGGCCAGUGCUACGACCAGACUCCGCUCCGGAACUCAGAGGAGCUCUGAAGCCCCAUCCGUCUCUGAGGUCAGGCCUGCCUCCAGAGCUCAGCUUAACCCCGAGCCCCAAUCUCCCUGCAGAAGGUGGACCAGCUCUAGAACGCCGUCCAGCUCUGAGACCCAGACCCACUUCAAGGCCCGGCCGAUUUCCCGAGCUCAGCCCAGCGCAGGCAUCCUGCCUGGCUCCAAAGCUCUGCUCAGUUCUGGAGCACAAACUGACCCUGAACUCCCACCGAGCUCUGAGGCACAGUCAAUGGCUGGGUCUCAGCUGAGCUCGAGAAGCCAGCCGAACCCCGGGAGCCAGUCUCGUCCUGGCGCCCAGACCAACGCAGUAAUAGACUUAAAUUCCACAACACUGCCCAGCUCUGAGGGCAGGCCCCGCCCCAGGCCCCCGCCCUGCCCAGGGGCUCAGCCACCUCCCGGGACUCACCUCACCUCGGGAACCCUGCCACGUUCCAUGUCCCCGCUCCAGGCCGCAGCCCAAGGCAGCUCCGGUACUGAGCCGGGCUUUGAGAAGCAGGCCACCUCCGGAUCUCAGCUCAGCUCCGCAGCCCAGCCCAGUUCUGGGACCCAGACAAAUUCCGGAAUUCAGCUGGGCCCCAGAAUGCAGUUCAGCUCUGAGACCCAGCUCAUCAGCUCCAGAACCCAGCCUGUUUCUAGAGCCCAGUUCAGUACUGAGACCCAGCCCAGCUCCGGGACCCAGACCAGUGCAAGGAUUCGACCCAGCUCUGGAGCUCAGCUCGGCUCCAGAACCCAGGCUAGUUCUGACACUCAGCCCAGCUCCAGGAUUCAGUUCAGCGCUGAGACGCAGCCCAGCUCUAGGGCCCAGACUGACACCAGAACUCAGCCCAGCUCUGGAGUCCACCUUAGUUCUAGAACCCAGCCUGUUUCUGAAACCCAAUCCAGGUCCAGAACCCAGACCAGCUCCGGAACCCAGCUCAGCUCCAGAAAUGGGCUUCGCCCACAGGCCCCAGACCGUGACCCUGGAGCUCAGCCCGAUCCCACUUCCCCAGCCCAGCUGCAGCCCCCGGGCCCCCCGCCCAGAGCCCCGACUCCAGACCCUAGCAAAGUCUCUGCACCUCAGCUUCAGCCCCACCAUCUGGUACAUGGAACCCUGGCCACUGUCGGCCAGGGCCAAAGCCCACCAGCUCCCCACCUGGCCCCACAGCCACAGAUCCCUUCUGUCCCCCGGAAACCAGCCCUUUCCCCCAAGCCUCAGCUGGGACCCCAGAAGUGCAUCCCAAGCACCAUAUCAGGCAUCCCUAGUGCGGUCCCCAGGACAGCCCUGCAGCAUUUCCAGCCCCCCAAGCCCCCAGCUCAGAGGCCCGCCCCUACCCCCACGCUCAGGGGGUCAGAGCCCCUCUCCCAACACAGGGGGCCAUAGCUUAGGGGUGACAUAGUUUUGCACCCACCCCUGCUCCUGCCCCUCGCAGCCCAGGUCCCCCAGAAGCAGCCGGUGACCUCAUUCCCCCCCGUAAGCCAGGGUGGGAGCCAGGGAGGGUGGAAACAGCGGCUUCAGUUUCACUCCGCCUGGCUCGGGGCGGUGUAAGCGGAUCCCAGGUCUGUGGAGGGGAAGGGGGGCAGGUUGCUCCUCGUGUACCUCGAGGGCUGUGGGAAUAAAGUUGCCCCCAACCCUGCAGCUGGCUGCGUCCUUUCUGGGGGAACUUUGGGGAAGAGCAGAGGAAGGGCUAGGAUGUGGGUCCGGGGCACCGGCAGGACAGCACUGAAUGUGUUUUAUGUGCCUACUGUGUGCCAGGCACUGUACCAAGUGUUAAGUGUGCCUAUGCUCAGGUACGCGGCACUCUGUCAAAGUUUCCCUCGUCCCUCUGGUUACUUGGCCCUCACCGAGCAUCUACUAUGGGCCAGGGGCUGUGUUCUAGGCACUGGGAGUCUGGAGUGUAGAGCGAAUGAGCCGGGAAGCGACACACUCACGAGCCAGGGGACCCCGUCUGGAGUGGAGUAAACAGGCAUCUGUCUAUGCGCGCCUCUC